AUGGCCCACGAGCUCGUCAGUCCUCACUGUUCAUCCUGGUCGUUCAGCAACAGCUUCAACUUGUGUGGCACAGAGCCGAGCUCAAGUCACGAAAAGUUUGAUACAGCAUCCACUGUCACUGCCAGUCCAGUGCACGCUGAGAGCUACACCGGUCGAUUGGGAUUCUACGAAGCGGCGUUGUCUCCAAUGCCAACAGUUCCAGAACACGAGAUCGGCCAUCGAUUCCGUCGUACUAUGGCGCUUCUCGUUAACUACUUUGCUGCCGGACUCUUCCACGGUAUCGUGCCAGCUUUGGUGUACCCGCUGUUCAAAAUCCGUCUCGGACUACAGAGCUACCAAGCUAACGCAGUGCAGACACUCUUACAUUGUGCAUGGCACAGCAAAGUCCUGCUCUGUCUGCUCACGGACUGUGUGCCAAUUUGUGGUCGCAGACGCACCCCAUACCUCUACAUAGGAUGGACAUUGGUGCUGGCAAUCUUCGGAUUCGUGAUAAUAUUGUAUCCAAGCUUGUUCACCGACGCUGGAGCUGUUGAAUCCCCAGCGCUCGUUUUGGUGAUCAGUGCUGCAUCGGUAGGCUACUUGCUCGUUGAUGCGAGUUGUGACGGGAUCAUGGUGGAAACGGUCCAACUGGAUAACCAAUGCGAGGAAAGAGGUCGGCGAAAUACGUCAAAUUUUCUCCAGACCGCUGUGCAUGCCGUGCGAUUCGUUGCCGAGCUGUUUGGGACGCUUCUCAUUGCGGUCGGAAUGAACUCAGAAGCGUACGGGGGUAGAUUUCCAUUUGAACUGUCGUUGCGUGCCCUCUUCAAGAUUCUGAUUGCCAUUGCGAUGAUAGCUUUGGGUGCUACAGCAUGGGGCUUGCGAGAGUCGCGAUCGGAGAUUGGGUACGCCAUCGGCACAGACACAUUAGGUGCUCCAAUGCCGGGUUUGCGAGCAAAACUGGGCGAGUUUUGGUCCAUCAUGCACCAACAAGCAACUUGGCAUAUCGCCUGCUUGGGAUUUUUGCAGAAGAUGUGCCUCUCGUUUGGAAUGGACUCGGCUCCACUCUCCCAGGCCAUACACGAAUUCUGGCUGCACACUGAUCCUUUCAUGAAGAACCUGUUUCUCGCGCUUGCAAAUGGUGGCGUGUGUGUCGCAGCUUCCCUCUUCGUGCACCGGUGUCUCCUGUAUUCAAGCUGGCAUUCAUCACUACUCAUCGCGCUACUAGGUGGGCUUGUUGUUAGCAUACCCACUAUCAUGGUUGUCGUAUUCGAUGUGUGGCGCAGUAAAGUCUUUUUUCUGAUUGCCACGGCGGUCACUGGGUUCUCGGACUGUAUUGCUAUGGUCGUUCGGAUGCUCGUGGUCGUGGAAAUUGCUGAGCCCGGCCUUGAAAGCAGUACUUAUGGCCUGGUUACUUCCGUGUACAAUCUCGCAGACCCUGUGGCAACUGCGAUGAGCAAUGCAAUCGGAGCACGGUUUCAGGCCUUUGACAUGGAUAUGAAACAAGACUCCCACGACGUCCGUGUACGAGUUGGGGUGCUCUUCACUGUGCUUUUCAGCGUGCGAGCGUUGGUAGGUUUGGGUACACUACGUUUGCUUCCCCGACAUAAACAGGAUGCCCGCGAGUUGAAAGCUCGAGGAGGAUCCAGUCGACAAAUGACGCUGGCAGUGUUUUUGGCAAUCGGUAUCGCCUUCCUCGCUGCUUUUACUGCCAACUUGCUGUCAGUAUUCAGCAGCACAUCUUGUCUACGAGUUGCCGGUGGGGCGGGUUGUUGA